AUGUGCUUGUGCUUUCUUCGUGUUACGACACCGCUCAUGAUGCGGGUUGUGUCGCCUGGCAUGUACUGGAUGUCAACCACCGGCCUUCCCUCGGAUGUGUCGAUUAGUGUUUUGCGAACGCCUGUUUAUGAGUCAUUCAUUCAUCAUAUGGACCAUGCCCAUUCCAAAAACAGAUGGGGGACAGAAAAGCACAUUUGA